CAGACAAUUCCAUUAAGACUAAAAAUUCAAGAAUCAGAAAACUGAAAAUCUCUUCAAUGGCGUCGAAGAGACGUGAUUUUUGUAUGAUUGAUGAACUUGGUGCCAAGAAAAAAGCAAAGGUUGAUGAAGCUGAAGAAGACGAUACAUCACAGCUUCCAGUAGCUCCAUCGAGGGUUCUCCUUAACGCUGCCGAUUGUGAUUUAGAUUUCAAUGUUGAAGGAAAUGGACUACUAGGUUCAGGGCUUUAUGAACAUGGAUUUGCGUAUUGUUGGUCAGGUGCUCGAGCCAAUAUGGGAAUCACUGGAGGAAAGUACUGCUUUGGUUGCAAAAUUGUUGCAGAGCAGCCCGUAAACAUGGAAGAUACACCACUAGACCAACAACAGAUCUGUCGUGUUGGCAUCUCAAGGGGAGAUGAUGCUGUAGGAAACCUUGGGGAAACCCUGCACAGUUUUGGGUUUGGAGGUACUGGAAAAUUUUCAAGUCAAGGAAAGUUUUCUAAUUAUGGUGAAAGAUUUGGGGUUGGUGACACAAUAAUUUGUUGUGUUGACCUUGAGUCCAGCCCUCUGGCUUCCAUAGGUUUCUCUAAAAAUGGAAAGUGGCUGGGAACAUCAAAGCAAUUUAAUGCAGGACCAGGUCCAACUGGUCUUGAAGUGGUGGAUUGUCCAAUGAAAAAUCUACAUUGGCAUUCAGCUCUUUUCCCUCAUGUGUUGCUUAAAAAUGUAGUUGUGCACAUGCAGUUUAACAUAGAUGACGGACUAGCUCCAGUAGAAGGAUAUAAACCGUGGUCUUGUGCCAUGGAAGAUGGGAAAGCCAUUCCUGGCCCUAGUUUUGCGAAUCUGUGCGAUUGUGAAGUUAUGAUGCUGGUAGGACUACCUGCUUCCGGUAAGAGUACCUGGGCUGAGAAAUGGGUUAAGGAACAUCCAGAAAAGCGAUAUGUUUUGCUUGGAACUAAUUUAGCUUUGGAUCUAAUGAAGGUUCCUGGUUUGCAGCGAAAACAAAACUAUGUUGGAAGAUUUGAACGUUUAAUGGAUCGUGCUACUGGUAUAUUCAACACUCUUUUGUCUAGGGCUUCCCAGAUUCCUCGUAAUUUCAUAAUUGAUCAGACAAAUGUCUACAAAAAUGCCCGGAAGCGCAAAUUGAAGCCCUUUGCAAACUAUAAGAAGAUAGCUGUUGUGAUUGUUCCAACACCUGAAGAGCUCAAGUUCCGUGGUGAGAAGCGGUUCAAAGAAAUGGGGAAAGAAGUUCCUGCCGAAGCAGUAAAUCAGAUGUUAGUGAAUUUUGUUUUACCUAUGAGCAAAGACAUGCCUCGAGCAGAUGAGUACUUUGAUGAGGUACGAUUUGAAGAACUUGGCAGGGCGGAGGCUCAGAGAUGCUUGGAUGAGAUGAAAGCAAACUUGAAUUCAAACAAGGAAGUUACCCCUUAUUCUCGUGAAAGUUCUGUGCAGUCACAUAAUAGCCUGUCGAUGCAGUACCCUUUUGAGGCAUACCAGCAGUCGUACAGUGGUUCAUCACCACACAGUCUCAGAAAUAUACCAGGUGGACAUCUAAAUAGUUCGUAUGCUCAGCCUCCACUUCAAGCACCUCAUGAAACCUUCUACGCAACCCCUUCCAGUUACAACCCCAUAGGUGAUUUCGGUCACCAUGGAAGUCACAGUGCCUACGGUGAUUCAAGGGGAUAUGACAUCGAAGUUAGAUCAGCUAUCCAUGGAGGGAUCUAUGAGUCUCGUGUGGGUUCUGGAGCUUGGAAUGCAGCUGAGUUACACCAGAGCAGCAUGAAUGAUCCCUACCUGAGUAUGUCUGGUGGUUCUGGAGCUCGGAAUGCAGCUGAGUUACACCAGAGCAGCAUGAAUGAUCCCAACCUGAGGAUGUCUGGUGGUUCUGGAGCUUGGAAUGCAGCUGAGUUACACCAGAGCAGCAUGAAUGAUCCCAACCUGAGGAUGUCUGGUGGUUUCGGAGCUCAGAAUGCAGCUGAGUUACACCAGAGCAGCAUGAACGAUCCCAACCUGAGGAUGUCUGGUGGUUCUGGAGCUCAGAAUGCAGCUGAAUUACACCAGAGCAGCAUGAAUGAUCCCAACCUGAGGAUGUUUGGUGGUUCUGGAGCUCAGAAUGCAGCUGAGUUACACCAGGGCAGCAUGAAUGAUCCCAACCUGAGGAUGUCUGGUGGUUCUGGAUAUCUACCUCCUGAUUCAAGAGGACCGUUUGAAUCGGGGAUGGCUACACCAUAUGGCUUUCGCUCUGUCUUUCCAUCAGGCUUUUCUCAAGGGGUUCCAGCUCCGAGGCCACAACAUGAAAAUUAUCCCUCUGGAGCACAAUAUCCUGGGGUAUACGCUCCACAAGGGGUUCCAGCUCCGUGGCCACCACAUGAAAAUUAUCCCUCUGGAGCACAGCAUCCUGGGGUAUAUGCUCCACCUGGUCCCAGAUACUACUGAUUGUGGAAACUGCAUGAAAUUCAGAAACACUGAAUAUGAUUGCUUGUUUUUAAUUUACUAAAGAAUCAAUUGGUGUUAGCAUAUAGAGAGGUUGGUUAGGAUUUCGGAACUGGAUCAUAUAAUUUGUGUAUACUCAUCAUAUGCAUAUGGAGGCUAACUUUGGGAUUUUUGGAGUUCUAUUGAGAAAAUGUAAACUAUUACCAUCUUAAGUUCUGUCUCUUGU